CGCGUGAAUCUAAGCCGUUAUAUAUAUAGUGCAAUAAUGAUUUCACCUCACAUCAACAAACAACGAAUGUCCAACAAGCAAUACACGUAUGUAAUCACACCCACACCCAACGCCCCACACAGAAGUGACAAAACAAAGGUAACAUAGAGAAUACACAAAUAAAAAAAAAAAUCACAAUAAAACAAAAUAAGAAAUAGAUAAUAAACGUUUACAGACAACCAAUAAAACACGAAUCCGUAAUGAGCCUCCAUGUGUUCGAAUGCCGUUGUCUAAACGGGACAUAGGAAGGCAUCUAGUUCCGAUCGAUAUCGCUAACGCUUAUUGUGGGAAGGAGACAUAACGUUAUAAGGGGCGCUAUCUGUUGUCACAUCACGAGCUGUGUCAGUCCGCGAACACACUCGCCAGUUGCGGAGGUAUACACAGCUUGGGACAGAGUCAGACUGCCGGGGAUCAUCAAGAGCCGACAUCUCCCUAACCUCCGUCAAAGUUACCAAUUCUGAAAACAGACGGAACGAGUUAAUGGACUGUAAUACUUUCCGUGACCAUUCAAAGGCCUAGAUGCCUAGAACUUCAGGAUUAUUCUCCGAAUUUCAGACUUAAUGUCCUAAACUGCUUUGGGUAUUGCUUUAAAAAAGCUUUAUCAUUAAGACAGAUGAAGGAUUUCAACGGAUAACCGAGAUCAAAGCAUUUCUCAGGAGAAUAUAUGGUUCAGUAUGAGCUAUGAACACUUAUUUCUACCUUGAGUUGGAUGACACUAUAUUUGUACACGUGGUUAAUGUUAUCUGCUUAGGGCACCUGGAGUUCAAGUUUUGAAACAGACUCCUCGUUAUAAAUCUGGUUAGGAAGAUAUUCAACAAACUGGGUGGAAAUGUGUUCAAGUGUUUCCCUGUCUGUGGACAUACCGCUUCACUGGAUUUGACUGUUGAACAUGCGUAAUUGAUUGGUUCGAGUCCAUCUUCACACCUUCUCUAGAGUUAUAAAGUCUUUUUGGUCUGGUAGUGUAUCCAGACAGCCGGCCGCGAAGGACUUGUAAACAGCUGAAACACAACUCAAAAACACUAAAAAAGUCACAAUGGACAACCAAAGCUUUGGGAAUCUGAACAUCAAUGAAACAAGGACUUCUAAUGAAAACUACACCUCAAGCAUGUACGAGUUUUAUACGGCACCGCAGCUGGUGUUGGUGUCGAUGCUUCUUGCUUUCAUCGUCAUUGGAAACUCGUGCGUCCUAGCUGCCAUACAGCUGUCAAAAAAUGGUCGAAAGACACGGAUGAACUUCUUCAUAAUGCAUUUGGCCAUUGCAGAUUUAUUGGUGGGCCUGAUCUGUGUAAUGACCGACCUCCUGUCCAAGAUCACCAUAGCAUGGUACGCUGGAAACGUCAUGUGCAAGGUUAUUCAGUAUCUGCAGGCUGUUGUGACGUAUGCAUCUACGUACGUGUUGGUGUCGCUGAGUAUUGACCGUUACGACGCCGUUGCUCGACCCAUGAACUUCUCAAGAAGUGCCUAUCAAGCACGCAUGUUAGUUUCCAUGGCAUGGUUAUUGAGUCUUCUGUUCGCUCUCCCAACAAUAUUCAUCUACUAUGAAGAAGUCAAGGAACACAAAAAACAAUGCUGGCUGGAUUUCCCGCUCUUCUGGCAUUGGCAGUUAUUUGUAACGCUGGUUGCCAUCGUAACGUUCAUCCUACCUGCUCUGAUCAUUGCCGCAUGUUACGUUGCCAUCAUCUUCAUCAUCUGGACCAAAGGUCAAGACAGCGUCGACGUUCCAGAACAGAGGAACCUCACGGAUAAAGACUAUGAAAGUGUCAGGAGCGAACGCCCCCGUGUGACUCUGCAGUGCAACAGGAUGAAUGCCGGCCGAGGCGUCAUCCCACAGGCUAAGAUCAGGACUAUCAAGAUGACGCUCAUCAUUGUCAUAGUGUUUAUUCUGUGCUGGAGUCCCUACUUCGUUUACAACAUCCUGGAGUUGUAUGGCCACAUCCCGUCCAACGACGCCCUCAGUACAUUCAUACAGAGUGCAGCCCCCUUAAACAGCGCCGCCAACCCCAUCAUAUACGGCAUAUUCAGUACUAGGAUAUGCAGAAACCUCAGGAGAAUACCUGUUUUCAACUGCCUUGCCAAAGCCUUCUGUAGAUGUAAAACACCAAAGAAGAGUCCGGUGACUCGGGUGAUGGGUCAUCCCACUUCCUUGACCGACCAGACAUGUUGUACGACGGAUAAUCAGUCAUUCAAACGCUGCACCGAAGCCAAGGGUCCCUGCCUCGCACACAGGCGGCCCUCAGGGCUUCCCAUUGUCAGGAAGACCUUGACACCAAAGGAGACUUUGUUACUGAAGAACGUCACAGAAAUCAAAAUGAAGUCUUUGAAAUCUAAGACAUGAAAUAUGUAGUGGUUAUAACUGAAGUCAGUACCACUUGAACAAGACAUUGUGCAAUGAAGUGGUCCAACACGAUGCUAAGGACAUGUCGGAGAAACAUUGCAAGUGCGAUUGGACCUUUGUAUAUGGAUUCUUAAACUUGUAAACACGUUAUCUGGUGUAUUGACAGCCCCUUGGCCUAUUGUAACUAACAUUAACGUGUUGAACAAUUUGUUCAAGAGUUUAUGUUGGAUGGUAUUGGGUGGUGUUGAGAAGGUGGAACACGUGUUCUCAGCUUAUAAGCCUACUGCUUUCAACUGUUACAAUACUACUUUAUGUAUGAUAUCAUCUUGCUUGGAACUGUCAGGUGCUGCGAUGGACGUUAUUUAACAAGACAAGCAUCGGUGAUUGUGAAUACACUUAGCUUCGAUUGCACGUGGAUGUUGUGCAUUCCCGCAUAAAAGACCAUGAACUUCAGCCAGACAUUUUGGAUGUAAUUAAGAAGGCAGAAACGUGGGAGUCAGAUGUCAUAGAAGACACGGAAUCUUUGAUCUGUGAACCUUUCAUCUGCCUUUGAUUUCAUACAAAAGAAACAACUCAAAGUGGAAACUCUAAUUUAAUACACGAUUUGCCUUUUUGUUAUGAAACAGUGAGUUUAUUACGGGUUGCAAUGUGAAACUGGUUUGUUAUAAAAACGCAAUGUGAAGUUCUUAGAAGGAACAUUUGUUUGUGUGUAGUUUUAUCAGCAAUGACCUAAUAAUAAUGUUGGACACAUUUUUAGAGGUGACGCCAUGAAGCAAGUUUUACUGUUUCAGCUGUAAAUUGCUCAAGUUGCAAAAAUUGAAUCACACAAAGAGUGUGUGGCCAUACGAUAUAUACUAGUAUUCCAGCGUAUAACUAGCGAAGCUUACACUGUGGAUAUUCCAUCGGACCAUAUUGGACUAGAUGACCCAAGUGUGUAUUGUUGAAUGUUGUUCCAGUAAAUACUGGAGAUGUGAUAGUAUUCCCGCACACUAUACUUCAUACUAUUCUUCACGCUGGCACAUUGAAAGGAUAUUUGUGAAUCAAACUGUUUCUGUAUAAAUGUCUAUGUUUUGAUGUGGGUAACCAGUGGACGAAUGCGUCACAGUUCUCUGUGGGGAGUUGUGUCCCUUUACAGGACCAGGAUCAGAUUGUUGUAGAUUGGAGUUCAAAAGGAAGUUUUCCUUGUCAAAACCAAGAACUAACAAUCAAAGACCAUAGUUUAUUUGGGGAACCCGAUUCCAGGUCAAAAUAGGUCCUCAGUACUCCCCGUCUAGCGCCAUCUGAUGCUGGUGGGUACUUGUUCAUCCCUUGCUUGACCUAGAUUAUUUAUGAAAAAUAUACACACACCUGUCCAAACAUCAAAGCGACUCUUAUUGACAAGCGUAAAAGUUAUUAUGUGAAUAUAAUUUGUUGUGAUGAAAUAUGAUUAACUAAACACUUCGACUUAAAUCAUUGCAGGUCGAGCUUUUGCUUUAUUUUGAUAAUGUGGUCACGUAUGGACAGGACUUGAAGUCUAAGGAGGCAGGGUGGCAUAAUAAUGAACGAUAGGAUAGCGUCCAGUUUGUGUCCGCGUGGGGCACGGGUGGCCCAGUCGUCUGGGGCGCCGCGAUUCGCUGUGCAGAUCUG